CUCCUGGCACUUUUGGCAAUACUGCACAGAAUCCAUGGGUCCGGCGAUCAUAAUUCCAGUGCUCAAUUGUAGGAGAGGCUUGUGUGUUGUUGGUAAAAAAAAUGCUUUGUCUAACCCCAUUACUUUGUUCAUUAUUUGACCAAAACCAAAAAGUGUAACUUUGUGCCCUACUCUCCGCUAUAGCUGUAUUUGCGAGUAAUUUUUACAUGUAUAUGCACGUGUUUUAUGAGUGUGUUGAUAUGCGCGAAGUUUGAUUUAAAUCCUACACGGCGCCUCAUAACAGUGUGUGAAUAACAUCUGAAUGGAUGAAUAAAUGAGCCGUUUCCUGGUGUUAGCAGUGGAUUAGCUUUAGCCCUGUCAGGUUGCUUGUGCGUCUGAAUCAUUUGGACCUCAAUCAGCAGCGACUUUACACAUUCAAGGGCAGCAAAACUGAACUGCUAUACGACAAAGGUAUGGCUCUCAACUGAUGGAGAAGGUGCUUGAGAUGGCAGAAGGGAUUGAUAUUGGCGAAAUGCCCUCAUAUGAACUAGUCCCAAACGCUGAAGCCAAAAAGAGACCGUGUUCAUCUGAUGGAAGUGAGGAACCCAUGAGCAAAAUGCCAAUGUCAAAAUUCACUCGCAGACCUAGAUUUGAGCCUGUACACUUUGUGAGUGGCGAGAGCAGCGGCAGUGGAAAUGGAAGAACUGAUGAAAAAGAAAAUGAGAAGACUAGAAGAAGGGAUGAGGUGACAGAUGUGAGACAAAAGGAACAAGAUCAUCAACCAUAUAACGGCAACCGUGGCUGCACACCCCCCUCAAGCUCUCUUGACAAGGGCAGGUAUGGUUAUGAUUCUUGGCCUGAGCACAGAAGCAAGGAUGUGCCCUCGGGUGGCACAAGUGGGCUUGGUUAUAGCAGCAGAGGGUCCACCUCAAACUUCAUGGGCAAAGUGCAGCAGGAGUACACUGCUAAAUAUGAGGCCUAUAAUUCCAGGCAGUCUGAUUCAGUCUUACACACAGGCAGAUCUGAUGGAAGUGGACGAUCUGGAACCUACGAGAGUGGACGGCGUGGGUUGGGAUUUGGACAUCAGGAAAGGCCAACCUCCAGCAAGGCUUUUAGCAGGGUAUACGACGGUCCAAGCAGAGGAGGUACAGGCUUGCUCCCUACACCAUCACUGCCAGCUUCUGUCCCUACAGCCGCAGUUGAAGAAAAACAGAGGCUGAUAGUCAGAGUAUCGUCAGCCGUUGCUGUCACCCUCAGAGAUCCGGCAUUCGUGGGUGGACCUGAAGGGCCAAACUACAAUUUCAUACUUAGCCGCAGCAUUCAGGCCUGCAAGACGAACCCAGAGUACAUCUAUGUCAAUUUAAGAGAUAUCCCUCCUGCUGACCUUCCUAAAAACAGAAAGGUACCGUGUGAUGGAUAUGCGUGUGAACUGAGGUGUCAGAGUGUGUACCUUGCUACAGGUUACUCUGGGAGUAAAAACGGUGCCAGAGACCGAGCCUCAGAACAGGCAAUCAAGCUGUUUAUGAGGCCAGUGGAAAUUCGUAUCUUGAGGCGACUGUACAAGCGCAGAUACGUUAAUGACAUGGUGGUGUGCCAGGUUAACACUCCAAAUCCAUCCCUUCCGCCACCUCUACGCAACCCUGAAGACAAUCCACCCCCAAGUACCAAGGGCCAAUAUGUGCCUGACCGAAGCAAACACUGGACAGAAUUUGUAAUCAUGGAGAACGCACACGAUGCUAUCUGUAUUCUUAAUAACUCUGCAGCUUUCAACCGCAUGAAAGUUGAUUACACUUUUGACCCGGUUCCCAACAGCAAUUUAUUGCUCUGUAAUGUGUACUUGCAGGGCGAACUGGUGGCACAAGCCAGAGGGACAAAGAAAAGUGCAAAACAUUCAGCGGCAGAAGAGGCGGUAAAGAAGUUGCGAAUGAACCAAGCUGCUCGCCAACAAGAGCAGCAGCAGCAACAACAACAACAACAACAGCAACAACAACUAUUUUCUGGAGGAAACUAUUUUUCUGAGGAAUCCCCUGGUUGCUACUCCCAGCAAAGUAGCAGUGGGGCACAGCUCGGUGAAUUGGUCAUCCUUGAAAAUUCAGAUAAUGCUAUAUGCAUAAUAAACGACACUGCUCAAUUUAAUAAGGUGUUGGCAGAAUACAAAUUCACAGUUCUGGCAGACCACAGCUGGCGAUGUGAAGUUUACCUGGAUGGUCAGUACGUGGCAACAGGGCUUGGUCCCAAAAAAACAGUCAAGCACAUUGCGGCUGAGGAGGCCCUCGCCACACUUCGGCGUACACAGGCUGUGGUGAAGUCCAAUCUUAGGAAGGAGGGCCAUGCCGAUGCAAUUUCCCGAGAUCAAAUCAUGUGCCGUUCUGGUGAGGAAGCUGUUCGGCAGGAGAUUAAAGAGGACAACAUUGGGAACCAGCUACUCCGCAAGAUGGGCUGGACAGGUGGAGGCUUGGGUAGAGAAGGAGAUGGCAUUGCUGAACCUAUCAAAGUCAAAGAGCAGUUCACCCGAGAAGGACUCGGUAUGGACAUGGACAGACAUGGUAGUCAGCUGACAAAGCGCGAUAUUGAGGACAUCAUUCGGAAUUACGCAAGUUCAGAACGGCAAGACGAUCUGCGCUUCUCCACCGAGCUCAACAACGAAGAGCGCCGACAGAUUCACCAGGUGUCCCAAAGGUACGGGCUGCGUAGCAAGUCGUACGGACAGGGUCGACAACGCUUUUUAGUGGUUAGCCGAAGAGUUCAGAAGGAACAACUGAUUGGUCAGCUCUUGCAGGAAGGGCAGGUUGGACGAUAUGAACUGGUGAAACCUCAGCCUUCAUAAUCUCAGGCUUCUGAUAAGCCCACUGAU